AUGAAGCUCCUCGCCCUCCUCCUGACGCUCACCUCGCUCGCCAGCGCCCAAUUCUUCAACUUCGGUAACAUGUUCGGCCAACAGCAACAACAGCAAGAACCCCAAAACAUGCCCUCGGACUCGGUGUGGUAUGAACAACAAUACGAAAGUGCCCGCUGCGACAAAUACCUCUGCCCUCAUACCCUCAGUUGCGUGCACUUCCCUCAUCACUGUCCCUGCGCAUUCCCGGACCAGGAAGAUAAAGUCGAAUUUGGCGAAGGGAGCAUGGCAUGUGUAAGCAAAGGAGGCUACAAAGCUGGAGAGGCACAGAGGAAGAUCGAGUUGGCGAGGAAAGGGUUGCUUUGA